AUGUACUUCUCUGCCGCAUCAAGUGAGGAUGACAGCAAGCACUGUGUGGGAGCCGCCACUUCUUCCAGUAUCACGGGCCCCUUUACCCCAGCAGAGAACGCCGUGGCAUGUCCCCUUGACCAAGGCGGGGCCAUUGAUGCCGACGGUUUCGAGGAUGGGGGAACUUAUUAUGUCGUAUACAAAGUGGAUGGGAACAGUCUCAAUGGGGACGGAAGCACCCACCCCACCCCGCUGAUGCUGCAAGGGCUGAACUCCGAUGCUGUGACCCCUAACGGCGACCCCACCCAGCUGCUCGACCGCGAUGACACCGAUGGACCCCUCAUCGAGGCGCCAAGUCUCACAAACGUGGAUGGUACAUACUACCUCUCGUUCUCGUCCAAUAUGUACGAUACCGAUAAGUAUGAUGUGAGUUAUGCGACGGCUUCUUCCCUCACGGGUCCGUAUACCAAGGCGAGGGAUCCCGAUGCUCCCUUGGUUGUGUCUGGAGACGCGAGUGAUGUGGGGGACCUGUCAGGACCUGGCGGAUCCGACUUCCUUGACGGAAGCAAGAUUGUAUUCCACGCAUUUGAGAAUGGCAAGAAUAUCGACGAUGGACGUGCUAUGUAUGUCGCUGAUAUCCACGCCGCCGGUGGCGUGAUUAAUUUGGUGUGA